UGAGGUCGCUGCUUUGGCUGCUCUGGCACGUCUGGCGUUGGGUGGGCGGCAUCUCUGCGCCCACAUGAACCAGUGGCAUUAUGGCCGAUACAGUCGGGGCCGGGACUUUACUGCCCGUGCCCCACCCAAGAAGAAGGGCAAAAACCAGAUCCCGGAAAGGUGGAAAGACUAUCUCCCAGUUGGGCAACGGAUGCCUGGGACUCGUUUCAUUGCUUUCAAAGUUCCUUUGCAAAAAAAAUUUGAAGCAAAGCUUAUGCCAGAAGAAUGCUUUUCUCCUUUGGAUCUCUUUAAUAAAAUUCAAGAACAAAAUGAAGAACUUGGAUUGAUAAUCGAUUUAACAUAUACUCAGCGCUAUUAUAAAGUAGAGGAUUUGCCAAAAACUAUUUCUUACAUAAAAAUUCUUACAGUUGGUCAUCAGGUACCUGACAGUGGCACUAUUUUUCAGUUCAAAAGUGCAGUUAAAGAGUUUUUAAAGAGAAAUAAAAACAAUGACAAACUUAUUGGUGUCCACUGUACCCAUGGCUUAAAUAGGACUGGCUACCUCAUUUGCAGAUAUUUGAUUGAUGUAGAAGGCAUGAGGCCAGAUGAUGCAAUUGAAUUGUUCAACAGGUGCCGGGGACAUUGCAUAGAAAGGCAGAACUACAUCGAAAACCUGCAGAAACGUCGUGUCAGAAAGAACCAGAAUGCUAGUGCAUCUAGAUCAGGUGGUCUUGAAGACUCAGCACAUCUUACAGAACAAGUCCACACCACUAACAAACCUGUGAACAAAGGACCUAAGAAAAGCCGACGUGGUGGUCAUCUGGAAUCGUCCCAGCAUGUUCAGACCCAGAGCUCAGCGUACUCAUUCAGAAAAUGGUCACAAAAUCAGAGUGUUUACCAGAGAGGCUUCGUCCCUCCUCCCGGUCCAGCUGGAGAGGACUAUUCACAGAGAAGAUUCUUCUGGAGCAUGAGACCAAAUGGCAGUCAAGCAACCCAUCAUAAGAAAUGGAUUGCUGCUAGUUACCAGAGACCUUUCUACCCAGCCUCCUGGGAAUGGAAUGUGUGACACACUGUGGCUGAACUGUCAUAGGGGCCACCUGAGAUCAGAGCUGGAUAGAAGACAGCUGGAUGACUGUUAAUAAAAUCAGGUCAAAA